CUCUAAACAGAGCGUUUCGCCCGCCCGCCUUCCUCAAGCGACCAUUUCUUCCUGUGAGACAGACAGCAGCGCUCUCGUGUUCGACCGAGCCCUCUUCACACAGGCAUAUGGCGCAAACAGCCUCCUUUCUUUCUUCUAUUUGUGUCCCCACCACUCUUUAAAAAUUCCGCCGAAAAAGAGAAGACGAUUUUCCAAAUCAUUCAGGCCGUUAUCUCACGGCUCCCCACUCUCUCUGCGAGUGUAUAAGCGCUACCCAGAAGGCCUAGGGGAGGCCCUCUACCGCGAGCAGUUCGACUUCAACGCUGAGCCGCCUUGGGAUCCUAGUUGAUAGCGGGAGAGGACCAUCUCCCACGUUGUCCAUUUUGUUGCAUACCCAGAAUACCCCAGCGGCUCAGUAAACUCUCUAUGAUUGUCGGAUUUGCGGAAUACGGUUGAGAUGAAAGGAUUCGUUGAUGCACCAAACUACUUCAUUGAACUACUUGAGUUAGGAACGACCCUUGACGAUGUUAUCGACAACCACGUCUAUGAGCAAAAUCUGGCUGAAAAGAAUGCAUUUGUUGUGGCCGACCUUGGGGCCCUAAUGCGACAGCAUGUUCUGUGGAAGACCACUAUGCCUCUCGUUCGACCCUUCUACCCAGUCAGCUGUAACAGCAGCCCUGUAGUCAUUGAAGUCCUGUCUGCUCUUGGCGUUGGUUUUGUCUGUGCAAAUAAGGCUGAAACCACAUUGGUACUCGAUCAUGAUGUCCCUCCUGAGAACAUCAUCCUGUCUGGAGUUUGCAAGCAGCUUUCACUCAUUAAACACGCGGCCAAGACCGGCAUUAACUAUCUGGUGUGUGAAAAUGAGGCAGAGCUUCGCAAAAUUGCCCGUGCCCAUCCUGAGGCUAAGCUUUUGCUUCAAGUCUCUACUGAAGCACAGGUUGAGGAGGCAAGUCUGACCAUUGGUUGCUCCCUGAAGAGCUGUAGACACCUUCUGGAAAUGGCCAAGGAGUUGAGUGUGAAUGUGGUUGGAGUCACGUUCCAGGUACCAGCAUCAUGCAGAGAUCCCCAAACAUACACCCAUGCACUGUCAGACGCCCGCUGCAUCUUUGACAUGGCAAAGGAACUUGGCUUUGACAUGAAGAUCCUGGAUAUUGGUGGAGGAUUCAGUGGUUCUGAGUUUCAGUUGAAACAGGUACAUUCGAUCGUCAGACCCCUGCUGGAGGCCUAUUUCCCCUCAGCGUCUGGAGUGAGCGUCAUUGCUGAACCAGGACAUUUCUUUGUGUUUUCCUCCUUCACUCUGGCUGUCAAUGUUAUUGGCAAAAAAGCAGUAUACCGGGAUCUCCAUUGCAGCACACAUGAUGAGCUGACCCCAAAUGAUGCACCAGAAUUUGUAUAUUACAUGAACGAUGGUGUUUAUGGAUCUUUCAUGGGGAAGUUGUUUGGAAAUGUCAUCACCACACCCUCUGUCCACAAGAUGUCGCUCACCCUAGAUGAGCCCGUGUUCUCCAGCAGCCUGUGGGGUCCAUCGUGUGACCCACUGGAGCAGGUGGUGGAGCACUGCCUGCUCCCUGAGCUCGCUGUUGGGGACUGGCUCAUUUUCAGCAACAUGGGGUCCAGCGGUCAGGAGGGUCCGGCAACGCUCAGCGACACAGACCAACCACCUGUGUAUUACACCAUCUCCACAGAUGACUGGUUUGAGAUGCAAGAGGCUGGAAUUUCUCUUGAUGACACCAUGAAAAACCUCUCAUUGGUCCAGUAUGGCUUAUGAAAAGAGACAAACUCCGUCCACUAACCACUGGGCAUGUGAAUAGCUUGCAGAGUCAACAUUCCAACAGUCAUGGGUGGAAAAAUUAUAUUUGUUUUGGUGGGGGAGAAAAAAAUGACGAUGUUAUUGGUCAAAAACUAAUUGAUUGACAUUGUUACCUCAGUUUCUCACAAUUUACAAAAGGCUCACUUUCCUUAUCACUCAAAAAGAAUGACCGAAAACCCAUAUAAAAUAACAUAUGCAACAAAAUGGAUGACUGGAGAUGGCACCCAAAUCUUGGGUUUCUUAAUCAAACACCGUUUACAUAAAUGUUCAGCUAAUUUAAUUUUAUUAUGUACACAUAUAUAGAUAUAGAUGACCUACUGACAGUCUUGUAAAUGAGUUGUCUGUACAGUACAACAAGAUGCAUUUGUCUCGAAUCAGGAUGGAGUAUAGAUUCUGCACAAAUAGGCCAUGACUCUUAGUGUGUGAACAAGGGAAAAUUCUGUCCUUGUUCUCUCGUUCUAAUUUUCCAUGGUUUUAUAGGAGUAGGGAGCUUCUCGUUGCUCCUCAUGCCAAACUUAUGGUUCCCUCAUUACAUGUGGUGCGUCAUGUGACAGUAUUUCCAAAGGUUGUUAUAUAUUUCAUCUCUAUGGUUGAGUGUGCUGUAAUUUGCAGUGUCCCUUCAGAAGAUUUUGAACCUUCUGUCAGGUUAUGAGUAGAUAUAAAUUGGUCUCAUGUUUCCUCUAAUGGUAUGUUUUAUAAAACUAGAAAGACUGCCCAGUGUUAUGAAUCUGCUGACAACCUGCUUAGAGAUUACAUUUACCUCAAGUAACCUAAAAUACAAGUUUCACCACAAUCAGAUUAAAUCCUUUAAGGCACUAGUCCUCAAUCUAAAAUUGAACAUUCAAAUGGUGUAUAUUUCAAAUUCAUGUGUGUCUAGCAUGGUGUCUAAGUUUGAUUAUAACAGCGCACUGUUUUAUAAAAUCACGUCCUUUAGAAAUGAAAUAUACCUUUUGUCCACUAAUGGACCAUUGCCUGUUUUUGACUGUAAAAUUGUGCUUGUAAAAGUAAUUAAAAUAUUAAUUUAAUACAUUUCUGACCAAA